UAUCACGCCACCAAGCUUGGGUAUUCAAAGCCACGGUUACGCCAACCCGAGUCCUCCUCAAUGGCCCAGACGCCGAGAGCAGGAACAGGGUCUUGCGGAUGUUUCCAGACCACAACGACUUCUUUCUCCGUGUCACGUUCUGCGAUGAAGAUGGGCAGGACCUAGAUUUCAGCCCAAGGGUUUCCAACGAAGAAAUCUUCCGCCGAUACAGAUCUGUGCUACGCGAUGGCAUCGAAGUCGCGGGCAGAUCAUUUUCAUUCCUCGGGUUCUCCCACUCUUCGCUUCGUGCCCAUUCUGUUUGGUUCGUGGCUCCCUUCAACCAAAACACUUACACCACGAUCCUAUCGUCUUUGGGCGACUUUAGCGACAUUCGAGUCCCAGCGAAGUGUGCAGCCCGAAUAGGGCAGGCGUUCUCAGAGACUCCGUAUGCCAUUACUCUCGCCAAUUGUGGCAUCGGAAUCGUCGAUAUACCCGAUGUCAAGUCAGCCGAUGGUUCUCGAGUGUUUAGUGAUGGGGUGGGGACGAUUUCCAUGGAAGCUCUGCAAGAGAUUUGGCCCGCCCUAUCCGCGCGAUCCGCACCACCAACCUGCCUCCAGAUCCGUCUGGGUGGAUACAAGGGAAUGGUUUCUUUGGAUUCAAGACUGAGGGGCAAGAUGCUCUGUUUGCGAAAAGAGUCGAUGAUGAAAUUCCCGAGUAAUGACCUCACAGAGCUAGGGAUUUGCGACACGUCUUCCAGGCCCCUCCGACUCGUGCUCAAUCGUCAGCUGAUCAAAAUCAUGGAGGACAUGGGGACCGAGGAACAAUGGUUCUUCAAAAUGCAGCAAAAGGCGUUGAAUAUAUUUCGCACCGUCACAGCCAACGCACAGAAUACGAGCAAGUUCUUAAGGCACCAAGCCAUCGGUGUCAACGCAGGGUUUUCGAAGCUUGUGACAGACCUGGACAGAAUGCGCAUCGACUAUCGUCGUGACGAGUUCAUGAAGUCGGCCGUUGAACACGUUGUCCUCCAAGAGCUGCGAUUGUUGAAGCACAAGGCUCGAAUACCGGUUGAGCAUGGGGUGACGUUGUUCGGCAUCAUGGACGAAACCGGAUUUCUAGAAGACGGCGAGGUGUAUGUGACUUAUGACAAGAGAUGGAGUGGGUCUGGCGCCCGCAUCCCUGAAACCCUUAAGGAUGGCUCGAUUAUCGUUACUCGCUCGCCGGCUCUCCAUCCAGGAGACGUCCGGUGGGUUCAAAUGGUGACCCCUCCCAGAGGGCACCCGCUUCGGGACCUCGAAAAUUGCAUCGUCUUCAGUCAAAAAGGCACUCGAGAUCUUCCAAGCAUGUUAAGUGGAGGGGAUCUUGACGGUGAUAUCUACAACAUCAUUUGGGACAGAGACGCGACCCCCAAGAGGAUGUUCCCACCAGCGGACUAUCCACGGGUCACUCCAAUUUCUCUCGAUCGACCGGUGACUCGUGAUGAUAUUGCCGAUUUCUUCAUCAAUUUCAUGAAAACUGACCUGCUUGGGAUGAUUGCAACACGGCAUGUGAUCCUGGCCGAUGCGAAGGCAGAAGGAACAGUCGCCCCAGAAUGCGUCCGCCUAGCGAACCUUCAUUCCACUGCUGUGGACUUCUCAAAGACCGGAAUCCCAGUCGAGUUUUCCGAAUUGCCCCGGGCUCCUCAAUAUCGACCUGACUUCCUUGCCAGGGCACCGCCUCUGGAACUCCAUGAUCUUGGUCAGAUUAGCUACAAUAAAGACCCAGAAGACGGCGGCGACGGCGAUGUCAUGGUGGCACCGAAGCACAAAUUCUACAAGUCCGAAAAGAUGUUGGGCAAAUUGUUCCGCGAUAUUGACGAGGAGAAGAUUUGGGACGAGGACAUCCAUAGAAAAGUCAACACUGCAGGUCCGUCGGUCUGGGAACAGCUGCUUGGAUUGGUGGGGGUCAAGCUAAGUCAGCGCGGCUUUAAUAUUGACUGGGAGCGCAAGUCGCAGGAGGCGUGGAAGAUUCGUAACAAUUACGACUCUGCGGUAGAAAAUCUCAUGUUCGAUUACUCAGAUAACCCACGGUCAAGCCUGACAGAGGUGGAGGUGUUCUGCGGCUUCAUCCUAAACAAGAGAGGCGGGCAGACUCGAAGGCAACGCGACUCGUCAAUAAAACUCAAGGAAGAGAUUGAUCGAGUAAUGACAUGGAUCGUCAAGUUAAUGCGGAAUCGGGAGACGGGCAACGAUGCAGAGACAAUGGCGCCCAGGGCCCCUGAGGGGAGCGAGGCUGUGGUUGAGCUAUGCUGGGCUUGUUUGGCAAUCGGCUGUAUCAGCGAAGCCGGCGCAUCGCCCCCCUCGUAUCACGGCUCAUGUGAGCUUCGCAGCUUCCGGGUGGUGGCAGCGUGCUGUCUGGUCAAAGAGUUCAACUUGUUGAUGAAUGAUGUGGAGGUAGGCUCGGGCGGAUAUGUGGGAGUAAGGGGAGGAGGGUCUGGCAGAACCAUGACGGUGGUGAGGAGGUGACCCGUUAUGAGCGCAACAUGUAUUACCCCAUUCUGUUAUGUAGCAGGAACGGUGGUUCGUAUAGUCAUGUCGCUGCCUGCUCCCAGUCUCUGAAGUUUAACUGUAGGACUAUGCAUUUGGGGAGAGUAAAGUGUGGAGGACAAAAGACGACGCCAUAGGACCAUGGUCUCAGUCUAGGACGUCUUUACGCAAUCAGGUGCAAUACAUUCAUACAAUA